CACAUUGAUGACGAUACACACAUGUUCAUAGUUUGCGACGCGCUUGUUAUUUUUCGUGGGAGUCUCAUUCAGCUGUAACGCGUGAGCAGCAAAUUACAAAAAAAAGAAAAAGAAAAAUAAAAUUAAGCCCUUCGACAAAAUGUCUUUCCACGACGACGAAUCCUCGGAUCAGGGACUGGCCGGUCAAUCAAAGCUGGAGAGCUUCCUGUUCAGCUGCGAGCUGUCGUCCAAAGUCCCUUUCUACACUUUCCAAGGAGAUGAAGAGGAGGACCUGGAGCACUUCCUUGAACUCAGAACAAUUUGUCUAGGGGAAGGUGUCAAGGAGGAGAGCAAUGUGGUGGAGGUGACGGCCAUGAACCACCAAGGAAAGACUAUUUCUGUGCCCAUCGCCAACCUUCACAUCAGCUGUCUGCCCAUGGUGAGUCUGGGAGAGUUUGAGCUGAAAGCCCCAGUGACCAUCCGGCUCAAGGCUGGGUCAGGACCAGUUACUGUCAGCGGGCUGCACCUUAUUGCCUCACAGGUCGAAGACUCCGAUCUGUCUGAUGAGGACGACGAAAGCGAGGAGGAGGACGAGGAGGAGGAGGAAGAGAUCUCCCCCAUUAAACCAGCGAAGAAGAAGCAGAGGCAGUAGACGGAUGAGUUUUCGGAAAGACCUCACUCACUCUCUGAUACGUUUUGAGAAAUGCCACAGAUUUUUUUUGUACCAGACGGACACAUUUUACAGAGUUACUACUUCUUCCACACAGCCACACGAAUGCUUAGUGUGGUGGCAGCUAAACAUGCUGUGGGAGGAAGGAACAUCACGAGGGGCUCUGAUGUUCUCGCCUCUCCUCUCGGUCUGAGCAGUGUAUUUAACUGCGCUUAAGACAUUCACUUACAGAAGAACUGUUUUUGCUACUAAAUGCGACCCAGUGUUUUAUACUGUAUAUGAUACAGUCACCAUGGUUUUAUUGCACCAGCGGUGGAAAAUGUGUCUGUGUGUGUGUGUUUCUGUGUGAGCGCGCGCAUGUGUGUACUUGUCAGACGGGAAAGAAGGGGUUUAAAGAUCAAUUGUGAUUUCAGCUGAAUGGUGCAAUCAGAUGAUUUCCACACAUACGUACAUAUGGAUUAUUAAAUGUUUCACAAGAGUAUCUCCAUUUCCGGUUGUUUGUAAUUCAGAAAUACCUUUUUUCUAUGUGAAAUGUCAGUCAUAAAUGUGAAGAUUUUGUACUCAUAGUGAAUGCAUCAGUUCAUUUUUAUUUACACUCUCUUUUGAAUUCAUAUAAAUAAAACUAAUUUUCAGCCUGUUACA